AUGAGCGACCGUGGAACGCUCAUCCCGGAGCAUUAUGUGCAUACUGUCCCGACAGCAGACGAGAUCGAGCUAUCAUGUAUUAUCUGGGGACUGUCUUUGGGAAUCUCCGUGUACGGCGCAUUUGCCGCCGGGAAGCAGACCUUCAAAGCAUGGAAACGAGCAAAGAAGGUUACUACCUACAUGGCGCUCAUCUGGCUGGCCUGGACUGCGAGUACGGUCAUGGGGAUCGUGAGCUGGGCCUUCCUGAAGGGAUCUAUCAAACCCGGACUUGAAUAUUUUCUAGUCAUCCUAAUAUCCUGGUUUUUCCAGAUCCACACUCUCUUUCAGAUCAUCGUCAACCGAAUCGCCGUUCUUUCUGUCCGAACAAAAACAAUCUUCCGUCUCAAGUGGGGUGUCUUCUUCCUUACCUGCCUCAUCAACAUCUCCGUCGCCUGCAUAUGGGUGCCGGCCUCGCUGCAAAUCAACGAGACCUUCAUUUCCGUCAACAACGUCUGGGACCGUCUCGAAAAGGCCAUCAUUUGCGUGAUGGACACGGGUCUGAACCUAUACUUUAUUUACCUGGUUCGCUCGCGCCUCAUUGCCAAUGGCUUGACCAAGUACGACCUUCUCUUCAACUUCAACUUGGCGAUGAUUUUCGUCUCCGUGUCUCUCGAUAUUCUCAUUGUUGCGAUGAUGUCUCUCCCCAACAAGUUUGUGUACCUCCAGUUCCAUCCUGUCGCAUACCUUCUCAAGCUCCAGAUCGAGCUUGGAAUGGCCGACCUCAUCGUCAAGAUUGUCAAGGCAUCGAACCCUACGAGCCACAGCUCUGGCCCGUACGUCCGAGGCACGGAUACCAUCGGCAUCAACGCCCAGAGCCGUACAGCUGGCAGCAGAGCCGACCCCUGGGGCAAACCUCAGCAGCGCACCAGGAUCGAGGGUGGCGCCGACGAGGAGGCAAUGGAGAUGGAGAUGUACGGCAAGGGCAUCAAGAAGACUGUCGUGACCGAGGUCGUGACUCAAGACGAUGCCGCGACGGAGAACGACCGGGCCAGCCACAGCAGCUCGACGAGGCAGCUGAAGGAUAGCUCGAGGCAGAGCCACUAA